GGAACCAUCUAUUAGACACCCGAAAUUCAUAACAAAAUUUUAGGUGAUGACUCAUCAGAAAUCAUUCUCGAUGCUGUAAAAACUCGACACUGAAAUAAACACACAACUGAAACAAAACCUAAGUGAGUGCUGACAUGGACGCCGAUAUGAUGGACACUGAAUCGCCGGCGCCGACUGCUCCGGCCACCGAUGAAGACUCGAUUAGAAAGCUUUUGGAAGUGGCCCGCCAGCUCGUCGAUAUGGGGAACCCUUCUCAAGCUCUCCACGCGGUGGUGGUGGCAACAAAGAACACAGGUGGAGAUGAAGCUGUUGUUAAAGUAAUGGACCGCGCACGAAAUCUCUACAGAAACAAAUUACAAACAAGUGGUGCUGCUGAUGAGUUAGCCUCCUUGUUUGCUGAAUGUGCAAUUGCUGAAGCAGCUUCAUCAAAAACUGAAGCAGCUCGACCAAAAACUGAGCCAUCUCAAUCUAGCACAGUUGGCCAGUCUUUUGAACUUGACGCACAGGGAAGUUCCAUUCUGGCUGAGGCAGGCAGAAAGCAGAUUAUGCUGGAUGCAUUUGCAGAUGGGAGCAGCUUUGUUUGUUUGCAGUGUGGAGGGCUUGUAGCUAGCGAACGCAAAGACGAACACUAUGCAUACUGGUGUUGUAAAAUCUGAUCAAGCUCGGUGCUUGGAUCAAUACCUCCUUCCCUUGAAACAAACUCUCGGUCUUGGUCCUGGUCCUGUGUUUGGCAGUGAUCAUUAUGUAAACUUGUACAUUGCUAGGCUCUUCUCAAGUCCGAGUGGCAGCCUCUGGGUGCUCACUGGACAAGGUGGAGUGGUUCUAAGUUCUGUUUUCGUGUACUAGUGACCUAUUUUUACAAAUCAUUCUGCAUUAGAGUGGUUAUCAUGAGACCAAAAGCUGAUUACAUAUUUUUCAGUUGCAAUUACAAAUACUUUCUUUAGUUUCA